UGGCGGCAGAUGGCACGCAGCCUGCACUUCGCGCUCACGAUGUACACGGAGGGCGCGCCACUCGGCAUCGGCAGAAAGGUCAGCAACCAGGGCGGCUUCGAGGCGCACAGGAGGUUGAGCUCCCAGUGCGACCCGCAGAACAUGGGUAGCAUCCUCUCGCGGCUGAUGAUGGCGUUGGAGUUCGAUUUCGGCGGCGAGUCGGAGUUCCUGGACAACCUCGCGAAGUUCGAGAACCUGACCGAGGAGUGCGAGAAGUUGGCCAUGGGGAACCUCAGCGACAACAUCCGCCCGGCGGUGCUGAUCGCGCGAGCUCCUGAGGCGCCGGAGAACCACGUCUUCUUGUCGAUCCCGAAGGAAGACAUCGAGUGGAACACGAUCAAGAAGGUCACGUCAGACUACCUGUUGACGAAGCAGCCCACGCCUGGAGGACCCGCGCCGAUGAACGUCGGCUGGGCCCAAACAAGCGGCAAGUGGGGCCGACGGCCUGGCAAGUGCGCCGACUGGAAAGGCGGCAUGUGUAAAGACUCAAAGGGCAAGGGUAAGGACUCGAAAGGCACGGGCAAGGACAAAGGCGACAGGGGCGGCAAGGGCGACGGCAAGCCGAAGUUCCAGGGACACUGCGGUCGGCGCGGUAAGCGGGGCCACAAGCAGAAGGAUUGCUACGCCAAGAUCAACGAGGUGGGCACGGGCGACUGGAGCAGCUGGAACGAGGGCUGGAACACCGACGACUGGGGCCAGAGCUGGGGCGGCCAGCAGGGCCAGGGCCAGGGCGAGCCCGCUCCAGCGCAGCUCAGCAAGGAGACCACCACUACUGCGGCAACGGCCGCGUCGGUUGAGUGCCAGGUGUGCGACGGCGAGUCGGCUUGGAUCUUCGCGGUCGGCGCGUGCGACGUCUCUGUGGGCACGCGCGCGGGGCAGGCGGUCGACGCGAUAGUCGACGCAUGCGCGAAUCGGUCGGCCCGCGGCCCGAAGGACUUCCCAGACGACCCGACCAUCCAGGAUGCGACGCUGGAGAUGCAGGUCGCGAGUGGGACGAAGAUCAGGCACUACGGCGACAAGCAGGUGAACCUGAAGACGGAGUUCGACGACGAGAUCAACGCGAAGUUCAACGCGACAGAUGCGACUAGGCCGAUCCUGAGCGUGACCAGUAUCAACAUUGCAGGUGCUGGCGUGGAGUUCCAGCCAUCCAGCACGAGGGGCUCGGCUUCGAUCGCGAGGGAUUCGAAGAGCGGGCGAAAAUGGCUUGGGCUGAUUAAGGCGUUCGGGCUGUUCUUCCUGCGCGCGACGGUCAUGGCCUGCGCGGGGGCGAAGCGCGGAGCGCGCGGUCUGGUCGCCAACAACGCGGCCACGGACGACGCGACCCCGUUCCUUGCGCAGGAGGUCGACAAGCCCAUCGAACCGGCUGCGAGGAUCACGGAGGCAGAAGGUGCGCCUGUGGCCCAGAUCGACUACACGUUCGGCAAGACGCGUCAUGACGAGAAGCGCUACGUGGAGAAGCUGGGGCACGAGAAGGUGACCGUGCAGUGCGACCCCGAGAAAGCGGCCAAGGAUGUGGCGAUCAAGGUUGAUCGGGAUGCCGGUAACAAGGCGACGUUCAGAACUACCCCGAAGACGAGCAAGGGCGGCAACGGCAUGGUGGAGCGGUUCCACGCGAUCAUCGAAGGGAUGGCGAGGACCUGGAGGAAAGCCAUCGGGGACAAGUACGGGAUCGUCAUUGAGCUGGGGCACCCGAUCAUGACAUGGAUCGUGCGCCACGCGUCGUGGACACGCGAUCGGUUCCUGGUCCACCACUCGGACUACAAGACGUCGUUCGAGCGCCAGAACGAGAAGCACUACGAUAAGAAGGUCGCGCCUCUUGGCAUCGUCGUGGCGAGGUCCGCGCAGAGGCUCGUGGAGAGCGAGCGCGACGACCAGCAGCUGUUUCUGGCCAUGCGAGGCACCCCCUCGGACCUGAAGGCGGCCAACGCGUCGGUGCCCGCGGUGGACAGGGAGGCCCCGAACCUCAACCUGCCGCAGCCCGCUCGGCUUCCACGGCCCGAGGCGGGCGCGGCGGCGCAGGAGGGGCAGCCGGCGGCGGGCGGCCAGAAGGGGCAGCCGGCCCCGAGUCGCCCGAGCCAGCCCGGCUCUGAGGCGGCGGCCGCGAGGGCGGCGGGAAGCGAGGGGCCACAGAGCUCGGCUGGCAAGAGAUCCACCGACGACAGCGGCGCGCCUGCAGAGGGCGAGGCGCCGCCCAAGGGGAGGAAGAUCGGCGCGGUGACGAUCGCCGACGUGACGGAGCUAGGCUACCCUGGUGGCACCGAGCUCCACGCCCCCUGCGAGCUCGACCCGAACUUCGAGCUGCUGGAGGAGGCCUACUACGACGACGACGACGGCGAGCACCUCGACCCGGACAAGGUCCACGAGGGGAUCAAGAGGGGGGCGAAGUUCACGGGGCCCCUCGGCGUCGGGGGCCCCGCGCCGCGCCCGCGCGACAACGCGGCGUGGGGCGCGAGGUGGUGCCGCCGCAAGAAGGGCGACGGCGCGCGGAGCAGGUUCGUCGCGAGGCAGUUCAAGGGCGCGCAGGCGGGCGACUUCUUCGCCUGCACUCCGAGGGCGGAGGCCGUGAGGACGCUGAUGGCGGCGGCGCUGCUGCUCAGGCGCGCGAUCGCGACGACGGACUUCAGCGCGGCCUUCGUGCGCGCGCCCGUGGAGGACGGGGCGGGGAUCUACGUGGAGAUGCCGCCUGAGUACGGCAGGGGGCGUGGAUUCGCGUGGGCGUGCAAGGCGGAGCCCGCCAUGUAUCAUCGCACCGAGCAGGGGGCCGGGGUCGUGGUCCACACGGGCGAUCCUCUCGCCUCUGGUCCAACGCGGCGUGUUCUCGACGAGUUCUUCGACAAGCUCGCGGAGCGCCUCCUGAUCAAGGGCCGCUUCGUCCUGGGCGAGGACCCCGCGAUGUACCUCGGCUCGUCGUUGCAGCGGUUCGACGACGUGAUCGCGGAGAAGAGCGAGCCCGGGUACGUGGAGAGCAUCCUCGAGGCCGCCUGGGUGACUGACUGCCGGCCCGUGGGCACGGCAGGCGCCAGGCCAGACCUGGCCGAGCCUGGCGCGGAGGAGCCGCUCAACGGCGAGGAGCACUCGCUGCGUCGGAGGUGCUGCGGGGAGAUCCAGUACACCAUCCCCAGGAGGCUGGACUUGAUGUACCCGCUGAAGGAGCUCGGUCGGCGGCUGAGCGAGCCGCGGAAAGCCGACAUGAAGUGCUUGAAGCACCUCCUCCGCUACGGGACCCGCGACAUGACGAUGGUCCACCGAUGCCACGAAACCAGGAAGUCGACCUGCUGCGGGAUCGUGCGCUGGCGCGGCAUGGUCAUGAGGGCGCACGCUCGCACGGAGUCGGCGUUGGCCCAGUCGAGUCCCAAGGCCGAGUACCUUGGCGCAGUGGAGUUGGCGGCGGAGAUUCUCUACGCGCGGGGGAUCAUUCGCUUCGUGGGUUUCGACGCGUCGAUGGAGAUCGAGUGCGACGCCCCAUCCGCCAUCGCCAUUGCCACCCGACGCGGACUCGGACGCCUACGACAUCUUGGGGUGAAGUGGCUCUUGCUCGGACAGCUUGUGGGCACGGGACAGAUCAAGAUCGCGAAGGUGAAGGGCAUCGAGAAUGCCCCAGACGUCGGCACGAAGUUCCUCGUCAAGGCGGCGCUCGAGAAGUGCGGGUCCAUGCUCGGCCUGGCGGCGGUCGACAAGUUCGGCAGUGCGGUGGUCGCGGCGCUGAGCGCAGGGAGAUCGGCAGGAUUCCUGGCGACUUUCAUGAUCCUGGUGAGCGACGCGAGAGCGCAACCUGACCAAGACAGAGGAGGACUCGAGCCGCACAUGAUGAUCAUGUUCGCCUGGACCCUGAGCUGCGUCCUUAUUAGGCUGCUGUUCGGCUACCUGUACGCACACUUCAGGGCGUGCACGACGAAUGCGACGACACUGGCGGGACCGACUGCAUCGAGUUCCUCGUCUACGGAGAUGCCGACGGAGCUGGCGGUUCAGACGACGACGGCGGAGGCGACGGAGCCGACUCCGGUACCACCACCACCCGUGACCGGGGAGGUCGGGCCACAGACGGACGGCGAGAGCGCGGGAUCAUCGAGGCCUGGAGACGGUGCUCGGCUCCGCGGAGGGCGUCCGCGAAUGCAGCUGGUAUACCAUCUCGACGACCAUGCGGCCAUGGUCCACGUGACGCCGAACUGCCCAGCGCUGGCCAAUCGGACGAGGUGGAUGGUCACACGCGGGACGUGCUCGAUCUGCUGCGCCGUUUUGCCAGCAGAGCGGGCGACGGUGUACCACGCGGACAGCCCAGAGACGCUGGUGCACCGCGACCACGGCUGCCACGGACUGGGCGGCCGCAG